UUGACCGACUCGGCGUAUGUGGUUAUGUGUAUGAUCAUCAUGACGCGUGUCUCGUUGGAAGUGUUCAAGUCGAUCGGCAGUGGUGAAUAUGUUCGGUGCAUUCAUUCGGUUGGAUGUCCUGAGCCUGUCACUAGAACCAUUGUCAGCAACUGGCUAUGCAAUCCGGAAAGAACUAUGAUUGCGCAUCGUCCGGCCGAACGUGAAAUUUGGUCGUAUGGCUCAGGUUACGGCGGUAAUUCACUGCUGGGUAAGAAGUGCUUUGCGUUGCGUAUCGCAUCGAAUAUUGCAAGGGAUGAAGGAUGGUUGGCCGAGCAUAUGCUUGUUAUGGGUCAGAUUUUGCACUUACGAAGACAUUUAUGUGGAAUUGUAUCAGAACUCGGAUGUAAUCAAGGUUCGUUUUUAGGUGUCACUCCACCAGGCGGAAAAGAGCAUUUCAUUGCUGCCGCAUUCCCGUCAGCAUGUGGCAAAACAAAUCUUGCAAUGCUUCAACCAACCAUUCCUGGUUGGCAAGUUCGUUGCGUUGGUGACGAUAUCGGCUGGAUGAAAUUCGGACCGGACGGCCGUCUAUACGGUCUGAAUCCUGAAGCCGGUUUCUUUGGUGUAUGCCCGGGCACAUCGACAAAAACCAAUCCGAUGGCUGUUGCAACAUUCCAAAAGAAUAGCAUUUUCACGAAUGUUGCUGAGACGGCCAAUGGUGAAUACUACUGGGAGGGAAUGGAAUGUGACCUCAAGGACCCUAAAGUUGAAAUGGUGAAUUGGUUGGGUGAGAAAUGGAAGAUCGGUGAUAAGGGUGAGGCGGCGCAUGCGAAUGCUCGUUUCACGACGCCGGCGAAACAAUGCCCUAUCAUUCAUCCAGACUGGGAAUCACCCAAAGGAGUACCGAUCGAUGCAAUCGUGUUCGGUGGUCGUCGUCCAGUUGGAGUACCGCUGGUUAUUGAGUCAUUUUCGUGGCAACACGGCAUUUUCGUCGGUGCUGGUAUUAAAUCUGAGGCUACCGCAGCUGCAGAGCAUAAGGGUAAGAAGGUUAUGCACGACCCGAUGGCUAUGCGUCCCUUCAUGGGA